UCACGGAGUUGCAUCAUUUCCUUCCUCUCUCUGCUGCUCACCGGUCAGGAUUCGCAUUCAGAAUGGUGGAAGCAGUCCAAGAAACCAUCAACUUCCCCUCGGAGGAAGAGCGCAUCCUGAAGUUCUGGGAGGAGAAAGACUGUUUCCAGGAGUGUCUCAGGCAGUCCAAAAACCGGACAAGGUACACGUUUUAUGACGGACCUCCCUUUGCCACCGGCCUCCCUCACUAUGGUCAUAUCCUGGCUGGAACCAUCAAGGACAUUGUGACCAGGUUUGCCCAUCAGAGCGGCUUUCAUGUGGACAGAAGGUUUGGCUGGGACUGUCACGGGCUGCCUGUGGAAUAUGAGAUUGAUAAGUCACUGAACAUCAAAGGACCUGAAGAUGUUGCUAAGAUGGGGAUAAAAGAAUAUAACAAGCAAUGCAGGAGCAUCGUCAUGAGAUAUGCCAAUGAAUGGGAGACAUCGGUGAGGAGAAUGGGCCGUUGGAUUGACUUCAAGAAUGACUAUAAGACUCUGUACCCCUGGUUCAUGGAGACAGUCUGGUGGGUUUUUAAGCAGCUGUAUGAUAAAGGGAUGGUGUACAGAGGGGUGAAGGUGAUGCCCUACUCCACCGCCUGCAACACGCCUCUCUCUAACUUUGAGGCUAAUCAGAACUACAAGGACGUUCAGGAUCCGUCUGUGAUAGUGAACUUCCCUCUGCUGGAGGAUGAGAAGGUGAGCUUUAUCGCAUGGACCACCACACCAUGGACUCUGCCCAGCAACAUGGCUCUCUGUGUCAACCCUGACUUCAUCUACGUCAAGGUCAAAGAUAACAGUUCAGAAAAGAUCUACAUCAUGAUGGAGGCCAGGCUGAUCGCUCUCUUCAAAUCUGACAGUGAAUACACCAUCCUGGACAGAUUUCCUGGCAAGACCCUGAAGGGCAUGAAAUACAAACCUCUCUUUGAGUACUUCAUUAAGUGUAAAGAGAAUGGAGCGUUCUGUGUGGUGUUGGAUAACUAUGUGCGUGAUGAUGAUGGUACAGGAGUCGUACAUCAGGCCCCGUACUUCGGAGCUGAUGAUUACCGUGUCUGCAUGGAGUACAACAUCAUCCAGAGGGACUCUGCUCCUGUUUGCCCUGUGGACGCGUCUGGUGUGUUCACUACUGAGGUCACUCACUUUGCUGGUCAAUAUGUCAAGGACGCAGACAAGAACAUCAUAAAGUGGUUGAAGGAGAACGGGCGUCUGGUGAACGCCAGCUCUUUCAAACACAACUAUCCAUUCUGCUGGAGGUCGGAUACGCCUCUGAUCUAUAAAGCAGUGCCCAGCUGGUUUGUGAGGGUGGAACACAUGGUGGAGAAACUUCUGGACAACAACAGCAAAUGUUACUGGGUUCCUGAGUUUGUGAAAGAGAAGCGAUUCGGCAACUGGCUGAGGGACGCACGAGACUGGGCCAUCUCCCGGAACCGCUACUGGGGGACGCCCAUCCCGCUGUGGGUCAGUGAUGACUAUGAAGAGGUGGUUUGUGUGGGCUCCAUGGCUGAGCUCGAAGAGCUGACGGGAACCAAAGUUACUGAUCUUCACAGAGAGAACAUCGACAGUCUGACUAUCCCAUCUCGCUGUGGAAAGGGUCAGCUCAAGAGGGUCUCGGAAGUGUUCGACUGUUGGUUCGAGAGCGGAAGCAUGCCGUACGCCCAGAUGCACUACCCGUUUGAGAACAGGCGGGAGUUUGAGGACACCUUCCCGGCAGAUUUCAUUGCUGAAGGGAUCGAUCAGACCAGAGGAUGGUUCUACACUUUACUCGUGCUUUCAACCGCCCUGUUUGGAAAGCCUCCGUUCAAGAAUGUGAUUGUCAACGGUCUUGUUCUUGCAAGUGAUGGGCAGAAAAUGAGCAAACGAAAGAAAAAUUACCCCGAUCCAAAUCUGGUUGUGCAGAACUACGGCGCUGAUGCACUCCGUCUGUAUCUGAUCAACUCUCCUGUGGUCCGUGCUGAGAACCUUCGCUUCAAAGAAGAGGGGGUGAGAGAUGUGCUUAAGGAUGUCUUCCUACCCUGGUACAACGCAUAUCGCUUCCUAGUGCAGAACAUCCAAAGACUGCAAAAGGAGGAGGCCAUAGAGUUCCUGUACAACGAGAGGACGGCCAGUUUGAGCGACAACAUCAUGGACAAAUGGAUCCAGUCUUUCACUCAAUCACUUAUCCAAUUCUUCAAAGAUGAGAUGGGAGCCUACAGGCUCUAUACUGUGGUUCCCAAGCUUGUCAAAUUUGUGGAUAUGCUCACCAACUGGUAUGUGCGGAUGAACCGCAGGCGACUGAAGGGUGAGAGUGGCACUGAGGACUGCAUGUGUGCUUUGGAGUCCCUCUUCAGCGUGCUGUUCUCAAUGUGCAGACUGAUGGCCCCGUUCACUCCUUUCAUAACAGAGUUGAUGUAUCAGAAUCUACGUCACCUGAUUGAUCCAAAGUCAAUAGAAGAGAAGGACACUGGGAGUAUUCACUACCUCAUGCUUCCACAAGCCAGAGAGUCUCUGAUUGACAAGCGCAUUGAGAAUGCUGUGGCACAGAUGCAGUCGGUCAUCGAGUUGGGUCGUGUCAUCAGAGACAGAAAGACUCUCCCAGUCAAGUAUCCGCUGAAAGAAGUGGUGGUGAUCCAUCAGGAUCCAGAAGCUCUGAAGGACAUCCAGUCUCUGCAGAAGUAUAUUCUGGAGGAGCUGAAUGUUCGCCAGCUCACUCUGUCCACGGACAAGGACAAGUACGGAAUCCGACUGAGGGCCGAACCUGAUCACAUGGUGCUGGGCAAACGUCUGAAAGGAGCAUUUAAGUCUAUUACUGCAUCCAUCAAGGAGCUGAAGAGUGAAGAGCUGGAGGCUUUCCAGAGAACAGGAUCCAUAGUUGUGGAUGGUCAUGAGCUACACGAGGAGGAUCUGCGCCUGAUGUACACAUUUGAUCAGACCUCAGGAACAUCGUCACAGUACGAGGCUCAUUCGGAUGCCCAGGUCCUGGUUCUUCUUGACAUCACCCCAGAUCAGUCUAUGAUGGAUGAGGGUGUGGCACGUGAGGUCAUAAACCGCAUUCAAAAGUUGCGCAAAAAGGGUCAUCUGGUCCCAUCGGAUGAGAUCACUGUAUAUUACAGCAGCGAGCCGGCCGGUGAAUACCUGGAUAAUGUCAUCCAAAACCACACUGACUUCAUCUUGGCCACUACGAAGGCCCCGCUCAAACCCUAUCCGGUGCCCAAGAAUGCCAUUGUGAUCGUCCAAGAGAAAACUCAGUUGAAAGGCUCAGAUCUGGAUUUAACUAUUGUAAGAGGGGCGGCCGUCUCCAGGGCUCCUCUGACCACCGCUGCCUGUGCUUACGUCAACCUCAAAAUAACUCUCAAGGACAAACAGCAAGAGGGUGUAGUACUGCUGGAGAAUCCCAAGGGGGAUAACCAACUGGACGUGGAGCGGCUGAAGGUCGUUUGCUGUAGUGUUUUUGGACUCAACGGAGCGCCUGUGGCCAUAUAUAAUGGGAAGACAGAGCUGAAAGCCAAUGAUGAUCUGAUAUCUCUGAAUGGGAAAACUCUGGCGGUUACUUCGGGUCCGAGUCCUAAAGAUGUGAGCAGCUCAGACUCUCUCCUGUGUCCUUACGUUAACCUGCAGCUUAUGAACGCCAGUCCAGCAGAAUGUCAGACUGGAGAUGUGGGGACGCUGCUGUUAAUGAACCCGGCGGGUAAAAAUGGACUACAGUAUCCUGAUCUGCUGCAUGAAAUUGCAAGAUUGUUUGGACUGAGAGGCAGAAAGCUGAAGCUCUACAUGAACCAAGACCUUACUGAAGAAUUGCUGAAGACGUUUCCUCUGAAGACGCUGAACACCAAGACUCUGUAUGUGACCGUUCUGCCCACAACAGCAGAAGCCUAGUGAUGUCACACUCUCCCAGCACCAAUCACAGCACAGCACAUACUACUCAACGUCAGCUCAUUUUUUUCCCACAUCUGUCCUCAUGAUGGUUUCUCAUUACUCAUGCUUUCUGGGCUUUGUAUUGGUGAUUAGAAAUGUCAAAUAAAUCAAUCCAGAACUGUU